AUGGCCGAACCCUCAAACAAAACCGAGCGGCAAGACGGAAAUCAAAACCCCCGGAGCUGGAUCGACCUCCCAGAAGACGUCACCGCUUCGAUACUAUUACGGCUGGGAACGAUCGAGAUCCUGGUGACCGCUCUGAACGUGUGUACGACAUGGCGCAGAAUCUGCAAGGAAUCUAGAAUGUGGCACACCAUCGACAUCUGCGAUGUUUCGGUUUAUGGCAAGUUGCCCUCACGAUACCCCAUGGACAGGAUGUGUAGGAAAGCCAUUGAUCUCACCUGUGGCAACCUCGUCAAUAUCAGUGUGCACAACUUUGGCUCCGAUGAUCUCCUCAAGUAUAUCACUGAUAGGUACUCGGCUCCGAAGCUCCCGCAGUUGGAGUACCUUGAACUAUCACAAGGCAACUACAUAUUCGAUAAUCCUCCCUUCAAUCACAUACGACAUGCCUAUCUUGAAGUGAUUGGCCGUUGUUGCCCUCGUUUGAAAUCACUGAAAUUGAAGGAGUACAACACUGACUGGUUUUUUGAUGGAUGGGAUGGCGAUGCACUUGCUAUUGCAGAAACAAUGCAUGGUCUACACCACCUCCAUCUUUUGGGAGAUAAGAUCACUAGCAAAGGCUUGCGCGCCAUUCUUGAUGGCUGUCCGCUGCUUGUGUCACUUGAUCUGCGUCAUUGUUGGCAUAUUGAUCUGGAUCCGGAGCGCGAAGAAUUGCAAAGAUGCAUUGACCAAAUUGAAAACUUGCGGCUUCCUCAUGAUUCUACACAUGACUAUGAACGUCUUGCCGCGCAAAAAAGAAACUAA